CACGUAGAUUAAAUCCAAUUAACCGAAGAACACAGAAGAGAUCUAGAAGGUGGGAAACUGCGAACUUAAAGGGAAGGGAAUUUAAGGAGAGUUUACACCCAAAACAAAAUCAAGUACCCAAACCAAUUCCAAUUACAUCUAUUUGAUACAUAUAAAAGAGUUGUUUGUUUCUUAGUUGCAACUGCGAGGCGAGUGAAAACAAUACUCUGUAUUUGGAAUAACACCCAAUUAUUGUUUUAUGUCCUAAGAAUCAAGAGCAGAGCAGAGCAGAACGGAGAAGAAGCAGAUGGAGAGGAUUCUGUCGGCGGUAGGUGGAGGAGGAGAGUCUUUGUUAGGUAGCAUAAAGAUUGCAGUCCUGCCGAUAGCCAAAGUGUUCACCAUGUGUUUUCUGGGCUUUUUAAUGGCUUCCAAGUAUGUUAAUAUCUUGCCUGCUAACGGCCGAAAGCUUUUAAACGGGUUGGUGUUUUCUCUUUUGCUUCCGUGUUUGAUCUUCUCUCAACUGGGACAAGCUAUUACUCUGCAGAAAAUGCUCGAGUGGUGGUUCAUACCUGUGAAUGUUGUUCUCGGCUCUUUGGUUGGCUCACUCAUAGGUUUCAUUGUUGUAACCUUAGUCAAGCCUCCCUACCCAUACUUCAAGUUCUCAAUCGUACAAAUCGGGAUUGGAAACAUUGGGAAUGUACCACUUGUUCUGAUCGCAGCUUUAUGUAGAGAUACAUCAAAUCCUUUUGGGGACACAGACACUUGUACCACUCAGGGAACUGCAUAUAUUUCAUUUGGACAGUGGGUUGGCGCAAUCAUUCUAUACACAUAUGUAUUUAAUAUGUUAGCUCCUCCCGUGGAAGGUACCUUUGACCUUGAAGAUGCAAGUCUUCCCCUUAAGAUCCCUCAGAAGGAUGUCUCUCCUGAGCAAGCUCCAUUGCUGGUGCAAGAGGAUGCAUCAGUGGAUUCAGAUAAUUCAGAUACGAAAGGAAAGAUUAAAAGUUUUCUUGUUUUUAUUUAUGAGAAGUUAAAGCUCAAGCAGAUUCUUCAACCUCCUAUUAUUGCUUCAAUCCUAGCCAUGAUUCUUGGUGCAGUGCCGUUUCUAAAGAAAUUAAUAUUUACAAGUGAUGCUCCACUUUAUUUCUUGACAGAUAGCUGCAUUAUUCUUGGGGAAGCCAUGAUCCCAUGCAUUUUGCUGGCACUAGGAGGCAAUCUUGUUGAGGGACCCGGACCAGGAAGUUCAAGAAUUGGUCUAAAAACACUUGCUGCUAUAAUUUUUGGGCGUCUAUGUUUGGUGCCUCCUGCAGGACUUGGCAUUGUGAUGAUGGCUGAUAAGCUUGGUUUUCUUCCUGCUGGUGAUAAGAUGUUUCGAUUUGUUCUUCUUCUUCAGCAUUCAAUGCCAACAUCUGUGCUUUCUGGUGCUGUUGCUAAUUUAAGAGGAUGUGGAAAGGAGUCAGCUGCUGUGUUGUUUUGGGUUCAUAUUUUUGCAGUUUUUUCCAUGGCAGGAUGGAUUAUUCUCUAUUUGUACAUACUUUUCUAAAGUUGUUUCAAGCUCCCAUUGCUAUAGUAACAGCCGCAGUUUUUUGGGUAUUUUAUCUAUUUCCAUGCAUGCUAGUAGCAAUAGCAUAAUGAAGAGAGAUAUGCAUGUAUAAGCUGUGGUUGUGAUUACAGUAAAGAAACUCCAUUUUGCAAAUUUUUUUUUUUUGAUAAAUUUAGUGAAGUGUAUGAAGACACAUUGAAAAUAUUAUUCUUUAAUAUAAUACCUUUAUUAGUUUUAAACUUUUA